UCUUCCCCGAGCCGACCAGGCUGAUGGACCCCAAGGCGCGGCACGAGGUUUGGGACGUGCUGGCCCGCCUGAGCCGGCGCAGCAGCGUCCUGGUCACCACCUCGAGCAUCGAGGAGGCCGACGUGCUCGCCGACAGGCUGGUCAUCAUGCGCGAGGGACGCGUCGUGUGCGCCGGCUCCCCCACGUGGCUCAAGACCAAGUUCGACUCCGGCUUCUUCCUGCGCUUCACCAAGCUGUCCAACUUCAGCACACCAACCGCAUGGCCACCAUGCUUCAUUACCUGGAGAAGCGGUGCGCCAUCUUGGGCAUCGCGUUCAUGAGCCUGACUUACUGCACGCUGGAGGACGUCUA